AUGAAACACAUCUCGACCUUGGCACUCGCUGCCACCACCUUCAUUGGCGCCGAAGCCAUCACCCUUCAGAAGCGUGUCAACGCCCCACCAAAGGUUGUCGAGUACGAGAUUGAGAGAAAGCACGUCUCGAACCCCCUGAAGAGAGACCAAAUACGAAGACGCGCCAACACCAUCAGCGAGACUCUGGACAACGAGCAGACUUUGUACUUCGCCAAUGCAUCCCUUGGAACGCCGGCGCAGUAUUUCAGGCUGCAGAUCGACACGGGAAGUAGUGAUCUCUGGGUCAACGUCGCCAACUCUGCCGAGUGCGAGAACCCUCAGAACGAAUGCGCAAUCUCGGGCACCUAUUCUGCCAACUCAUCCUCGACUUACGAGUAUGUCAACAGUCUUUUCAACAUCUCCUACGUUGAUGGAUCCGGCUCAGCAGGCGACUAUGCUACUGAUGUUUUCCGCAUUGGCGGUGCCACCCUCGAAAAUCAACAAUUUGGUAUUGGCUAUACCUCCAGCACUGCCCAAGGCGUCAUGGGAAUUGGUUAUCCCACCAACGAGGCCAUUCUCCAGUAUGUGAGAACUCCUUACGUCAACGUGCCUGAGCACAUGAUGCAAGCCGGCCUCAUCAACACCAACGCCUACAGCUUGUGGUUGAACGACCUCGACGCCUCAACCGGUUCCGUCCUCUUUGGUGGUGUCAACACUGAAAAGUACACUGGUCAACUCCAGACCUUGCCCAUCCUCCAAGAGGAGGGUAUCUACGCCGAGUUCAUCAUCGCUCUCACUGGUGUCGGCUAUAAUGGCCAGGACAACUCUAUCGCUUCCAACCUCAACACUGCUGCCUUGUUGGACUCUGGUUCCAGUUUGAUGUACCUCCCCAACCAAGUCGCUGAGGACAUUUACAAGAUGACCGGUGCCAAGUACAGCCAGGAGUACGGUGCUGCUUUCAUUGACUGCAACAUGCGCUACAAUGACUCCACCAUCGACUUCACCUUCUCUUCGCCUACCAUCCGCGUCAGCAUGUCGGAACUGGUUCUUGUUAUGGGCUACCAGGGUCGCAACCCUAUCUGCAUUCUCGGCAUUGCACCUGCCGAUGGUACCACUCCCGUCCUUGGUGACACUUUCCUCCGUAGCGCCUACGUCGUCUACGACAUUACCAACAACGAGAUCUCGCUCGCUCAGACCAACUUCAACAGCACUACCAACAACAUCAUGGAGAUCACCAACUCGAGCAUUCCCGACGCCACUGGUGUUGCUUCGGCCGUCUCUUCAGUUGCCCAGCAGACUACCGGUGGUGGUCGUCUUGGUGGCUUCCCCACUGGCAGCGUGACCAGCAGUGGUCUUGGUGCGAUCGUCACCCCCGGACCCAAGGGUCUUGGUGCUCUUGCCGCCGUCGGUGCCGCCGCACUCUUUGCCUUGUAG